AUGGACACAACGCCGAUUAACUGGGAAGCCCUGGACGCUCUCAUCAUCGAUUUCGCCAAAUCCGAGAAGCUAGUCGAAGACUCCUCCUUUACGACGUCGUCUUCUCCACCCUCUUCCCCACCUUCUUCUUCUUCUCCCUCCUCUAUCUCCUCCUCGUCUUACCACUCGAGAUUGAUCAUUCGCCAGAUCAGACGGUUGUUAGAGGCCGGUGACAUUGACGCCGCCAUCGAUCUCCUUCGCUCCCACGCCCCUUUCAUUCUCGAAGAUCACAGGCUCCUCUUCCGCUUGCAGAAACAGAGAUUUAUUGAGCUAUUGAGGAGAGGAACCACAGAGGAUCGUGAUUGUGCAAUUAAUUGCCUGAGAAAUGCUCUUGCUCCUUGUGCCCUUGACGCUUAUCCGGAAGCAUAUGAGGAAUUCAAGCAUGUACUUCUUGCUUUUAUAUAUGACAAAGAAGAUCAAACUUCUCCAGUAGCAAGCGAGUGGUCUGAAAGGAGGAGGUUUGACAUUGCUGGAUUGAUUUCCACUGUCUUAAGAGCCCAUUUACAUGCUUAUGAUCCAGUCUUCUCGAUGACAUUGAUAUAUUUAAUAAGCAUACACAAAGGAUUUUGCUUUCGUCAAGGAAUUUCGUCACCCAUUUCUGAUCUAACUCAGAGGCUGCUUCUUGAGGAGCGGGACCCCCCAGCAACAUCCCAGGAGAGCCUGUAUGAAGCACCUCCUUUUGAUGAGGUGGACAUACAAGCUCUUGCACAUGCUGUGGAGCUUACACGACAAGGAGCAGUAGAUAGCUUGAGAUUUGCUAAGGGUGAUUUAUUUCAGGCGUUCCAGAAUGAAUUAUGUAGAAUGAGGUUUGAUGUUACGAUGCUUGAUGAGCUUGUUCGCGAGUACUGUGUUUACAGGGGAAUUGUGGAUUCUGGUCUGCCAUCUUCUUCAGCAGCUGGAAUACAAAGCCCUUCCAAAUCUAUGAAAGUUGAUCAACCAGGGAUUGGGUUUUGUUUGUCAAGAGGCAGUUCCCAUGAGGUAGAUUCUGGUGCCGGCAAACAUUCUGAUGGUGAAAUUUCCAUCAGUACUAAUGAUAACCUAGGUGGUUCCCCUGGAAAGAAUUCUGAAUUGACUAGCAUGCAAGGAAUGGAUGUUGAAUUACGUUAUGCUUGUGAGUCAACAAACAACCAUGAAGAUUGUAGCACCAGUGGAUCACAUCAGUCUGAUAAUCUCAGAAUUCCACAAAGAAGCAAAGCCAAUGUAACUGCAGAAAGAAGUAAACGCAAGCGAUGGAGGGGAAGACAAGAUGAUAUUUGUUUUACUACUGGCGUUUCCUGUAAUGAAACGAGUAAAGAGCUUGGCACGACGGCCAUGGUUUCCAAUAUGUGUUCAUCAAGGGAACAGCAGGCUUCAGAAUGUUUAAGUUUAGACGUUAACAAUGUGGAGGAUAAAUAUGAGAUUGUGCUUGGGAUGAAGGAACUAACUAGCAAAGGAAUGGCUGCGGAGGUUGUGGAAGAAGUUAAUGCUAUGGACCCAAAUUUUUUUGUACAAAAUCCCACUUUGCUGUUCCAACUUAAGCAGGUUGAAUUCCUUAAGCUUGUCACCUCCGGUGAUCAUUCUAGUGCUCUGAGGGUUGCUUGCUCUCAUUUAGGUCCAUUAGCUGCUAGUGAUCAAGCUUUACUGAAGCCCUUGAAGGAGACUUUGUUAGCACUGCUCCAACCUAAUGAAGAUGCACUUGGAAAAGGCUUGCCCUUACAUGCUCUUGCAACUUCACUACAGGUUGCAAUUGGUAGGAGGCUUGGCAUUGACGAACCCCAGCUUAUGAAAAUAAUGAGAGCUACCCUUCACACACAUAAUGAGUGGUUUAAACUUCAAAUGUGUAAAGAUCACUUUGAAAAUCUAUUGAAGAUUGAUUCCUUAAAAGAUGUUACUACUCCUUCGCUUGUUGCUGCUGCAACUUCAAAGUCAAAUGCAGAUAGUUGCUCUAACGGGUCUUCCCAAGUAACAGUAUCUUCAAGCACCAGGAUGGUGGAAGAUGGGAGCAGUCUGACUCAAGUUUCAUCUAGAGAUGUUGUGUGUGAUGAAAAUGCAAUACUGAAAGUAAUGGAGUUUCUAGCCUUGCCCAGGGCUGAUGCCAUCCAUCUUCUUGCACAGUACAAUGGAAACGCUGAGACAGUCAUUCAGCAAAUAUUUGCAUAG